AUGUCUCCAUCUCCAGAGCAGCCUCCACCCGUACCCUCAACCUCCACUCAACCUGAAGGUCCACCUGUGAGGGUCAAAAAGCGACGCCUUCAUGGCUCCUGCGAUGCAUGUCGCAAGAAAAAGAUCCCGUUUCUUAGUGCUGGAUAUAUCCGACGACUCGAAGAAAGACUGGAAAAGAUGGAGCGUCUCUUGGAAAAACAAGGCAGCCCAGAGACCGCAAACAUAGACAACUCUGCGGACAGCAUACAACAAUAUUCCUCAUUCUCAGACACCAAGGAAGAUGGUACACGAGCGUUUACACCGCCGAAAAAGCUUGUCGGCGCUCGACUAGAGCCAUCCUCUGCCACCUCUGAUGACUCGUCCGAUCCUGACGAUCUUGCCCAUGUCGCUCUUUCGGAACAUCUGAGUUCGUUGUCAAUUGGCGAAGCUGUCGAUGAUCGGUUCUUUGGCAAGUCUAGCGCCUUCAUGUUUGUUAAAGAGGCCUCGUCCGUUCGCCAUGAAACUACCAGAGGUACCAUCUUACCAGAUCGAACAAAAUUCAGAAGACCGAUAUAUUGGGAUGUCCGACCCUGGGAAGCGUCAUUAUCAUCGUCCUUUCAACCAGGCUACAUCUAUCCUGAAGUUGGUCUGUUACAGACUCUGGUAUCUCUUUACUUUGAGAAGAUGAAUACGAUCUUUCCUAUACUCCAUCAGCCCACUUUUCUCAAAGCUUUAUCCCAAAAUCAGCAUCAUUGGGAUCCGGCUUUUGGUAUGACAGUCCUCCUUGUCUGCGCCAUUGGUUCUCGGUAUACAAAUGACCCACGGGUAAUUGUACCUGAGGACAAACACGGACUAUCUUCAGGAUGGCCGUACUUUUCGCAGGUUCAGAUAUAUCGCAACCCAUUACUUCUUAAUUCAACUAUAUAUGACUUACAAUACUUUGUUCUCGCUAUUCUUUAUCUCAGUGGGACUUCGGUUCCUCAAGCCUCGUGGAAUCUGAUUGGACUGGGAAUGCGCCAGGUACUUGAAAAAGGCAUUCAUCGUCGCAGGGGAUCAUCUGCUAGGCCGAGCAAGGACGAAGAACUUUUGAAACGCACAUUUUGGGUUCUGGUCGUGAUAGACCGCCUGAAAAGUUCAUUUCUUGGUCGACCAUGUUGUAUUCAAGAAGAGGAUAUUGAUGUCGAUUACCCUGUCGAAUGCGAUGACGAGUAUUGGGAAACGGACGAUCCCCAAAAUGCAUUUCAGCAGCCUGACAACAAACCAUGCAAAAUAUCAAGUUUCAUACGGCUGAUAAAGCUAACAGAGAUUCUUUCUAUGGCGUUACGUACUUUGUAUGCAACAAAGAAGAACAAGAGAAUUGCGGGCUAUAACGGAGAAGAAUGGGAACGCCGGGUGGUUGUCGAACUUGAUUCAUCCCUGAAUAACUGGAAGGACUCUCUUCCGAGCUACUUAAAGUGGGACCCUAAUAUCUCGGAUUCGACGCUCUUUCAUCAGGCCUCACUACUACAUGCGACGUUCAACUAUGUUCAAAUUCUUGUGCAUCGGCCAUUUUUAACAAAAAAGUCUUCAAUGUCUUUCCCAUCCCUCGCAAUGUGCACCAACGCCGCACGAUCAUGCAUUCAUGCACUGGAUGCUGCGAGGAUAAAAGGCAUGCGUCCUACCCACCACCUACUGGUCUGCGCGUUCUCAUCCGGAAUCGUCAUUAUUCUUAACCUCUGGAGCCACCGUCAUACAACCGGGUUGAUAACCGAUCCAGCAAAAGAAGCUGAUCUUCAAAUGUGUAUCAACGUACUCAAAGAUUGUGACAAAAAGUGGCAUGUUGCUGGACGAUUUUGUGAUAUGUUGAAUGAAGUUGGUGCUCUUAGCGAAUGCCAACCAACCUCAAUUAUGAAACAACCUCGUAAUACUUCAAUCGUAGAGGACACUAUCGGCGGGCAUUCUAUUGCAACGAUGUCCCCGUAUUCUUAUUCUUCCUCCUCAAGCGCUAGAGUAGGGCAUAUCGUUCCAGAAUUCCCCAAUAUCGAUAAAUCUGGUGAAACACUGAACGGGCCCGCGGAUAUAUUUGGUAAACAUAUGAGCAUUAAUGACCUACUCCUCUUCCAAACGGGCUAUGUUACACAACCCCAGGCACGCCUCUUUGAACUCGACAAUGGUGCUCUUCGCUCUGGGGCGGUUGAGACUAGUGAUAUUCUUCAUCGAACAACGCCUUCAACCGAUAACUCAUAUUCGACCCCGGGGUCUGAAUCUUUUAUUCUGAACGAUAACAUCCCGUCCUUUUGGUCUGGUAUUCCGGCUGCCUUCAGUACCUUGCUUCUCCAACAGAACGAUGAUUGGAAACGCUGCCCUAACGCGAUGACAGAUGAUUCUAUCGUAGACUCUGGAACAACGGGAGAAAGCCAAAUCCAGAAGGUCAAGAAAAGACGUUUACAUGGAGCAUGCGAUGCCUGUCGCAAAAAGAAAAUCAUCGAAAGGCUGAUCAACAUUCUAGGCGAUAGCGCUGAAAUGCCUGGAAAGAAGUCGGAGGUGCAGCAAGCUUAUAUCCGCAGCUUGGAAGAAAAAGUAGAAAAGAUGCAACGCUAUUUUGAACUGCAACACGCAGGAGAAGACAUUGACGACGUUGUCAACAUGGCUGCAACCGCUUCGAGACCCGCAAGCUUUUUUGGAGCCACAAGUUUGGCCGAUUCCUGUGACAAACCCGACUCCGUCAAGUAUCCCAUCCCUAAACACGUAUACACCUCUUUACCAAAGGGUAAAAAGACUGAAGACGACUCAGAUGCGUCAGAUUCCGAUGAUUUGGCUCACAUAGCAUUGGCUCACCAUCUGGAUGGUCUUCCUCUAAAUGCUGUUGAAGAAAAAUAUUUUGGGCCUUCUAGUUCAUUUAUGUUCACCAAGCAUGCGUCAACCGUGAAAAAUCAAUUCACUGGAUCUCCGAACAAAUUAGAUGCUGCGCGGUAUAGGCGACCGAUUUUCUGGGACAUGAGGCCGUGGGAAACGGAAUAUGCCCUAGCUCCCGAAACCUCUUACAUCUAUCCGGAGAAUGAUCUUCUACAAAGCCUAGUUUCUCUAUAUUUUGAAAAGAUGAACCCUCUCCUUCCGGUAAUACAUCGACCUUCAUUCAUGAAAUCAUUGUCAAUUGGACAGCAUUUAUGGGACCAAUCGUUUGGGAUGACUGUCUUGUUGGUUUGUGCACUUGGGGCACGAUAUUCUCAUGACCCUCGAAUAACUGUGCCUUCAGAAUCUAACGGAUGGUUAUCUUCUGGAUGGGAAUACUUCUCUCAGAUCCCUCUAGUUCACCGACGUAUCAUGGUUUAUAAAACCACGGUAUAUGAUCUACAAUAUUUCAGCCUUGCGUCACAGUAUCUGGUUGGUACAUCCAUUUCACAUGUUUCAUGGACUAUUUUGGCCUUUGGACUACGAUAUGCCGUCGAGAAAGGGUUGCACCGCCGCAUGGGACCGAAUGAAAAACCGACUCCUCAACGUGAAAUGCAAAAACGCGCAUUUUGGGCAAUGGUAUGCGUAGAUCGCAUUAUGAGCGCCUUUCUAGGCCGUCCUUGUACCCUCAUGGACGAAGAGAUUGACGUAGAACUUCCCAUUGAAUGUGACGAUGAAUAUUGGGAAACAGAAGAUCCGCAAAAGGCUUUUCAACAACCAUUUGGAAUACCGUGCUCAGUCAGCAAUUUUAUCUACUAUAUACGAAUUUGUGAAAUUCUUGGAUUUGCUCUGAGGACCUUAUAUUCCACAAAAAAAUCGAAGAUUCUGUCAGGUCUCAUUGGAAAUGAUUGGGAGGGCCGUAUUGUCGCGGAGCUAGAUUCGUCUCUGAAUUCAUGGAAGGACUCUUUGCCCAAACACCUGCGCUGGGAUGCUGAGAGGCAGGACCCCACUUUCUUCCAUCAGUCGGCGGUAUUGCAUUCGUUAUAUUACUAUACACAGAUUCAAGUGCACCGUCCCUUCUUAUCGAAGAAGUCGCCACUGUCGUUUUCUUCUCUCGCUAUGUGUACGAAUGCUGCUCGUUCAUGUACACACGUUUUAGAAGCAACUUUGUCUCGGGGUGCUCGUGUUUUCCCUGAUAUCAUUAUGGCAUCGUUUACAGCAGGUCUCGUUAUCGUACUCAAUUUAUGGGGUAACCAAAGGUCAGGUUUGAUAGGAAAUCCCACUCAAGAAAUAGAGAACCUUCAUAAAUGCGUGAAUGUUCUCCGAGAAUGCGAAAAGAGAUGGCACGUCGCAGGUAGAUUGUGUGAUAUUUUGAACGAAGUCGGUGCUCUACAUGAAUACCAGCCAACAGCCAGCAAGCGUCGCCGAGACAUUUCUUCUUCCGAAUCAUCAGGAUUGCUCCAAAUAUCACCGAUAAACACAUUUAAUCCCUUGAUAGAUGGAUCUGGUCCGUCGUAUUCCCCUAAUUCAGAGGAGCAAGCAGCAUCUACCGCAACAAAUAAUCUCGUCCCAGCGUUCGACCCAACGAUGAACGAUUGGGAGCUGCGAGAUCUGCUAUUUAUGGGAAUGGGUUAUCUUCAAGGCAAUUCGCAUUUCAGGGUUGGCUCCAACUAUCGGCAGCAGAAUACAGCAUUCCCCAACUCUGUCGCUUAUGGAGAAAACGAAUUGGGGCAGUCAUACCAACCGCAGCGCUUCAACGAGCGCCUUGGGACCGAUUUUUCAGAUGUGUCGUCAGCCGAGGAUGUGUUUGCAUUGUGGGCAGACAUGCCGGCUGCGUUUAGCAGGCAAGUUUGA